CGCAAACACAUACGUAUAUAAGGAGAAAACCUGAAAACAGAAACACAGUGGAGCAAAUAGAAAGAAACAAAAGCCAAAAACAAUGGAUAUGGUUAUAGAGGUUCUCUCCGGUGCGCACUUCUCCGGUUGGCAUCCUUCUACGACGUCGUCUUGUUCUUCUCCAACAUCCUCACAUCAUCCAUUCGUCAUCGGUGUCUCUGGAGGCACGGCAUCGGGAAAAACCACAGUGUGUGAUUUGAUCAUUCAGCAGCUGCAAGAUCACAGAGUUGUGCUCGUUAGUCAGGAUUCAUUUUACCGCGGUUUGACGAAUGACGAGUUGAAACGCGUUCAUGAGUAUAAUUUUGAUCAUCCUAAUGCAUUUGAUACAGAGCAACUCGUAGAAACUCUCAGUAAGCUCAAAUCUGGACAGUCAGUUCAGGUUCCGUUUUACGAUUUUAAGCUUCACCAGAGAUCUUCUGAGAGAUCCAGACAGGUCAAUGCAUCUGAAGUAAUUAUUCUGGAGGGAAUAUUGGUUUUUCAUGAACAACGUGUCCGCAACAUGAUGAAUAUGAAGAUAUUUGUUGAUGCAGAUCCAGAUGUAAGGCUUGCCCGCAGAAUAAGACGGGAUACUGUUGAGAGGGGUAGAGAUGUUCACUCUGUACUGGAACAGUAUGCAAAAUUUGUUAAGCCUGCCUUCGAUGAUUUUAUUCUUCCAUCCAAAAAAUAUGCUGACAUCAUCAUACCUCGCGGUGGAGACAAUCUUGUAGCAAUUGACUUGAUUGUUCAACAUAUCCGCACUAAGCUUGGCCAACAUAACCUCUGCAAGAUAUAUCCAAAUGUGAAUGUUAUACAGUCUACUUUCCAGACUAGAGGCAUGCACACUCUUAUUCGUGACAGGGACUUAUCAAAGCAUGAUUUUGUUUUUUAUUCAGAUCGGCUAAUUCGUGUGGUAGUGGAACAUGGUCUUGGUUACUUGCCAUUUACAGAGAAACAAGUUAUCACACCUACAGGCUCAAUUUAUACUGGAGUUGAUUUUUGUAAGAAAUUAUGUGGAGUAUCCAUUAUUCGAAGUGGUGAAAGCAUGGAAAAUGCUUUGCGUGCUUGCUGUAAAGGAAUAAAGAUAGGAAAAAUUCUAAUUCACCGUGAAGGUGGUGAUGAAACCCAGCUUAUUUAUGAGAAACUUCCUAAAGAUAUUUCGGAGAGACAUGUUCUUCUCAUGGACCCAGUACUUGGAACAGGUAAAACUGCUAGCCAAGCAAUCGAGCUUCUUAUAAAGAAGGGAGUUCCAGAGUCCCGGAUAAUAUUUCUUAACCUCAUUUCUGCUCCUGAGGGAAUACAUUGUGUAUGUAAACAUUUUCCGCAUCUGAAAAUUGUCACAUCGGAGAUUGAAGAAGGAUUAAAUGACCAGUUCCGUGUCAUACCAGGGUUAGGAGAAUUUGGUGAUCGCUACUUUGGUACCGACGAUUCUUAGUUUGAAAGCAAAGCAAAAAAGAUUAUAAGGAGAAAAAACAGGAACAUAUGUUGGAAUUUAUUACUAUGUAUAAUAAUCAUCUGACUACUAAACACACAUAAUCAUGAGCAACUACCCAAGUUUGACUGGAUUGUCCAAUUGGAACUUGAUUAGGGUCAGGCAUCACUUCAUGUUUGUUAGUGAGCUUCCCUUCUGUUUUCCUUUGUUUCCGCAACAGCUAAAAAGGGUUGUUAAUUGUAACUAACUAUAACUGGUUUUGAAUUUUUAGUCUUUGAUAUAUAUUUUUUGGAAUUUUCUUUUGAA